CUGAGGGAGGCAGGCAGCGAGCGAGCAGCGGCAGCGGCGAUGUCGGUGCAGGUGGCGGCCCCCGCCGUGGAGCUCAAGGAGCUGGGCGGCCCCAGGGACAAGGGGGCGGCCGAGCCGGGGCCUCUCCCCCCGCCGGGGCUCGGCGUGGCCGGGGCGCCCUGCCCGCUGCCGGCCCCGGCCGGGGAGCGUGAGGCGGCGGCGGCCCCCGGCGCGGGGUGCGGGGCCGAGCGGCCUCCCGCGAGCGGCUGCCCCGGGCUCCCCGCGGCCGCCAAGGUGCCGCAGGCUUCGGCCAUGAAGAGGAGCGACCCGCACCACCCGCAGCACCGGCUCCGGGACGGGGGGGACGGCGGCGCCGGGCGGGAGGCGAUGGUCAGCCCCGACGGCACCGUCACCGAGGCGCCCCGCACCGUCAAGAAGAUCCAGUUUGCUGACCAAAAGCAAGAGUUUAACAAGCGCCCAACGAAGAUUGGUCGCCGUUCUCUGUCCCGUUCCAUCUCUCAAUCCUCUACAGAUAGCUACAGCUCAGAAGAGAGGCCCAAACAGCUGAGUGUGUGCUUUUCCCUGCCACACUCAGCACAGGCCCAUGCCAAGGGAACUCUCUCUGCCCCCAAGGAAGCAAUGAAGCUAUGGCUAGCUCAUCCAGCUGCCUCAUACACCGACAGCUCUGAUGAUGAGACCUCCCCCCGGGACAAGCAACAGAAGAACUCCAAAGGCAGCAGCGAUUUCUGUGUGAAAAACAUAAAGCAGGCAGAGUUUGGGCGCCGAGAGAUUGAAAUUGCUGAACAAGAGAUGCCUGCACUUAUGGCUUUAAGGAAGCGAGCUCAGGGAGAGAAGCCAUUGGCUGGGGCCAAGAUUGUGGGCUGCACGCACAUAACUGCACAGACUGCCGUACUAAUGGAGACUCUUGGUGCCUUGGGUGCUCAAUGCCGAUGGGCUGCCUGCAACAUCUAUUCUACACUCAAUGAAGUGGCUGCCGCUCUGGCUGAAAGUGGGUUUCCUGUCUUUGCCUGGAAGGGAGAAUCUGAAGAUGACUUCUGGUGGUGUAUCGAUCGCUGUGUCAACGUCGAAGGAUGGCAGCCUAAUAUGAUCUUGGAUGAUGGAGGGGAUCUGACCCACUGGAUUUAUAAGAAAUACCCCAAUAUGUUUAAGAAGAUCAAGGGGAUAGUAGAAGAGAGCGUGACCGGUGUCCACAGGUUAUACCAGUUAUCUAAAGCUGGGAAACUCUGUGUCCCAGCUAUGAAUGUCAACGACUCUGUCACCAAACAGAAGUUUGACAACCUCUACUGCUGCAGAGAAUCCAUUCUUGAUGGCCUUAAAAGGACGACAGACAUGAUGUUUGGAGGAAAGCAAGUGGUGGUCUGUGGCUAUGGAGAGGUUGGAAAGGGCUGCUGUGCUGCUUUGAAGGCCAUGGGCUCCAUAGUGUAUGUGACAGAGAUCGAUCCAAUCUGUGCCCUGCAAGCCUGCAUGGAUGGAUUCCGCCUUGUGAAACUCAAUGAGGUUAUCAGACAAGUUGACAUUGUCAUCACCUGUACAGGUAACAAGAACGUAGUGACAAGAGAACAUCUAGACAGAAUGAAGAACAGUUGUAUUGUGUGCAACAUGGGACAUUCCAACACUGAAAUUGAUGUGGCGAGCUUACGUACGCCUGAGCUGACCUGGGAGAGGGUGAGAUCUCAGGUAGACCAUGUCAUCUGGCCAGACGGGAAGAGGAUAGUGCUGCUGGCAGAGGGCCGUCUGUUGAACCUGAGCUGUUCCACUGUUCCCACCUUUGUAUUGUCCAUCACCGCAACCACUCAGGCUCUGGCUUUGAUAGAGCUCUACAAUGCCCCUGAAGGGCGCUACAAACAGGACGUCUACCUGCUGCCUAAGAAAAUGGAUGAGUAUGUGGCAAGUCUUCAUCUUCCAACGUUCGACGCACAUCUGACAGAACUAACAGAUGAACAAGCAAAAUACCUGGGACUAAAUAAAAACGGGCCUUUCAAACCAAACUAUUACAGGUAUUAAGUUUCUGCAGCUGUAACCAGAAGAAGUAAGGAACAAGAAUCCAAGCCUUUUCUCAACUAUUGUACAGGAUGAAGUAGUACAAGCUUCUUAAAUCAGAGCUGGACUUGCUCACAUAGUAGACAGUGUGUUAGGUUAUUUAUUUAUUAAACUAGAGUACUGUACGUGCGGCCUCUGCCAAUGGUGUUUUUUACUGCCAGGAGACUGUGAGACAGUUGAUUUUUGUUUUUGGGGGGGCGGGAAGCAAGGGGAGGAAAGAAGAAUCUGGCUGAAUUCUUUUGUUGCAAAGUAUCUGUUAGCUUCAAGUAAUCCAUUAUCGCUGUAUGUCUAUUCUAAUAUACAGGGGAUGGAGGACAAUGCAUGAGGCGAGAUUUGGGAUCAGACUACAAGCUUGCACGUUACGUUAGUACCUUAAUGUCUAGGAACUUCAUUUCAAGGUUGCACAUUUCCUUUGUACCUUAACAUUUCUUACCUGGAAGCGGAAUCUGGGCCAGUCCCCAGAACUAUCAGUCAGUUUGCAGGGUAGGACACUCUGUUAUUUUGUUUCCAUGCCAUUUUAAAAUGAAACUAGCACAAGCCUGUUUGCUCUAGACAUUGCUGACGAGACUGGUGCUAUCUUAGUAGUGAAACACUAAAUCUCGCCAGCAGCCACUGGGGAAAACUCUCUAAUCUGAUUAUUGUGCAAGGACAGGCUUUGGCAAGAAGCCAAAAUGAACUUUGCCUUAGCACGGUGGGAAGCUGUAACCAAGAGUCCAGUUUAUAGCAUCAGCAGGGGACACCCCGCAGCCUGCGUUAGGAGCCUGGGAGGCAGAGAUGCACCCACUCUAAAGCAGUCGGUGAUGAACGCUGCAGGGUUCACACCAGUGGACUAAGACCCAAUUACACACCAUUCUUCAGCAACUUUGCAGUAUUUUUUUGCAGCUUUUGAUGAGUGCCAACGUUUUACAAUUCAACCAAAGCUAUAUUCCUCAUGGAGCAGUUGUGUGGCAUCUUGUGCUCACGCUUGUGGAACAGGCUUGCGACUUUGCCGACAAAUGCUGCUUACAUUUCAAGGUAGCUCUUCGAGAUGACACUCAGAAGCUUGUUGUUCACACUGCUGCAGAAUGAAGCAGUAAAACAGAUCAGUUCCGAGGACCGUUCUUGACACAGUCCUUCUCCAACUGGGAUUUCAGUCCUCUCUGGAAGUGACUUCUAUGUAUAAAAGUAUCUGGUUCUGGGAAAUGGUUCCCAGACUCCCAGUGCCAGAGCUGUUGGAGUCUUAUUUUCAAAUAUUCAUUUGUUCAGUGAAUGAAUUCUAGGGAAUCUUAUUUGGAUUUAUAAGUGCCAGUAAUUAUCCCGAGUAAUUACCAUAGAGUAUGCUCUGUCCUGAGAUCUAGAUGUUAUAAGUAGAGUUCAGAAUCACUGUCACAUUAGUAUCUUGUCAAGUCUUGCUGUAUUAGUCAGAACUGAUGGAAGAUAAACAUGCCUGUUACGUGUUUUAGCCCACGAUGUCCUGUCUGGAUGCUGCAUUCAACACAGUCAUGCAUGUCAAGGUAAUUUUUAAGGUUGCCAUAUCUCCCCAGAGGCAUCGACGACAUGUUUCUUUUUUAAAAUUCGAGGUACUUCAAGUGGUACUAACCAGACUUCCACUUGAGGCAUUGACCUAUCAGCCUCGGCUUUUAUAUACUAUGCCCAUCACCCUGGUAUCUGAGCACCUGAUCAAGUGAAGAUCCUUGUUUUGCCCUCUCUGAAUCCUUGGCCAUUAUGAAUGGGAGAGGUGUCUUUGUGGCAUUGUCUACAAAAGACAGAAAUUGUGGUCUACAGGCAAGUCACAGAAUCAACAAAAUUAGACAAGACCGCCUCCUGGGUCAGCUUGUCCAAUGUCACGGUUGUUUCUUACAGCAAAUUUUCUAGUAUGUUGCGUAGUCCAAUUUUCAACCUCCAAAGGGCUGGAGCCCGAGGUAGAAAGUUGUAGAUAAGCUGUUGGAAGUUUUAUGAGGCUGCAUCUGAGGGAGGCAUCAUAGAAUGUAUCAAUUGAUCUUCAACUCUUGGUGGAUUUUAUUCAGGUCCUGAGAUUUUUCGGAAGAGACCACUGAAUUAUUGUUAAGAUGCAAAUUGGGUGUAUUACUUUUAUUACUUACACUGUUUGAGUAACUUUAUUCUGCAGCUAUCCAGCUUUAUCCUGGAGUCACUUUGGUGGUUUGUAAACGCGUGGGGUGAAGUCCAGGCCCAUGGAACUCAAUGGCAAAGCUCCCCUUUGACUUCAGAAGGGCCAGGAUUUCACUCGUAGAUUGCACUUUCUGAAUGGGGUCUGUUUCUGGGCAAAAGUCCCAGGAAUGUAUCCACCCUCUCUUCAAGAUCUCGGCAUCCAGGGACUGCACAAAUGGCCAAGGAUAAAGGGGAAGGAGUUUCUUAGAGACUUUUCUCUUCUGUGUACUAAACCAAUCACAGAACCAUUUCCCAGCAGCCAGGAGUUGGGGGAUGGGCAACAUGUGUCUUUGAUUUAAUCGGGAACGUUAUCUUGUCCUCCUCCCUUAGAUCUCUUGUGGUAUAAGUGUCCAUGUAUGAUGAGUAGGUACAUGCAUCCAACACGUCAAUCUGCUCUUGAUCUCACAUGGUUAUGGCUGGCACGUGAAACUGCUUGUUAGACAAGUGCUUGGCGUCAGCCCUGGCCGUACUCUCUCUGUGAGCCUGCACCUCACCUCUGUGACCUGAGUUCAGUCAUCUAGGGAGCAGUACCGUAUUCGUGAAGUUGCUGUACACUGACUUGGAGUUCCCAGGCUAACACCACGAUGCUGGUUUGAAAUCUGAUAGCGAAGUGCAGCCUUCGAUAAGGGUAUCUUAGGACACCAUCGUUUUUUGGGAGGGUUUUUUCCAUACACACGUCCAUCAUUGAGCAGGAACAGAAUGGGUGCAAAUGUUCCAAGCUGACGGACACAUGGAAGUUCCUUCUCUCUUUAGUCUCUAGAGACAGUUGAGUCAAGACGUGUGCACUUUUUACAGAGUUAGCUCUGCAGAAGUGAGGGGGCAUGGCUGGGAAUGCCCUGGGGUGCAGACUGAGAGACAGUCAUUGCUUAACAUGACCUGGGCUCCUCGCUUGCUGUCUGGGGCAGGGACUAGGAGACCAGAGCACCCCAAAGUGUGGCCCAGGCCCACGCUUUCCCUUUAGGUAGAGGUGCAUGCUCAGAGACUGCAGGCCCCUGCAUGCAUUUCUGCUCAGAUCAAGAUGGAGCACUGCAAGCUGGGAGGUGUAGUCCCCUGAGCUUUAUGGAAAUGGAGCAUUGCAAUCCGUUCCAAGUGGCCAGUGCUUUUGGGCAUCAUUCGGGCACCCCCGAGUUUAAUGUGUGGAAACAGUUCCUAGUUUUCCCCGGGAGCUGGCGAGACUGUCGGCAGCAGACUGGCCUUCCAGAUUAGCACGGUGGUGCUACCAGCCUUCUCUUCUCUCUUAUUUUGUGGGGAAGGUGACAACAUUAACCUGUCUCUGGUUUCUGGAGUGAAGCCACUUAGGAAAUGCCGCUAUGGGUCACGUGUUGAUCCAGGCACCCUUUGGAAAAAUGGGGUCAGAAAUCAGGCUGAAUCUGCCCCCAGGACAAUAACCAUUCCAUCAGGUGACCCGACGGUGCAUCUCGGAAGGGUCGCUUACCUAUUCCAAGUCUGUCACUAGUGUAGCGUGUGGUGGUGCUGUCCUCAUCAGUGAAUUUGUUUGUGCUGAUUUUAAGCUCAUUUUAUCUUCAGUGUAGCUAUAAGAAGAAGAAGAAAUCAUUCUAAAUGGCUUUUUCCCCCUCUGAUCUUUUACAGAUUUUCUCCAUGUUGCUAUACCUUUUUGUAAGCUUUUUGGCUUGCUUGGCUUUUCCUACUCAAUCUGGAAUCAUACUCCGUGAACAUCUCUAAAUUAAGUGUAACGGGUUUUUUUAAAUGUAACAAUUUUUUUUAAAUAUUAGAAAAAGGAGAUAGGCAACACCAGCAAAAUCUUAUAAGGAAAAUAAUUCUGUUCUGAACUUUAGAAACCAGGAAAAGAAACCCAAUCAUCUGUCAUAAUUCUACAGUAAGGAAGUAAAAACUAAGACUAUAACAUUUUCAAAAGGAUGUUUUAAAUAUUAAUGUCUGAGUGAUUGUAUUAGAUCAGCAAUAAAGACUCUGUAAUCUCAAAACACAAAUAAAAUGUUGCAAAAUUCA